GUUUCCACACGGUACAGUUUUCUAAGCAACAUCAGUAACCUUGCAAGUCAACUGCACACAACAGUUGGAAACUAGCCAUCUCGUUUCAAUGGAGAUUGAAAAGGCAACGUCAAUAAUGGACCCUCUGAAGGAUGUCCUCCUCACAUAUUUCAUGCCCGAAAAAUGCUAUGACGAAUUUUUCCUGAAUUUCAAUUUUUUGCACGUUGAAUGCCUGAAAAUAGUUAUAAGCAAAGGUCUGGGCAUUGGGAUCAUUCUGGGAUCAGUUCUAGUAAAGCUACCACAGAUCCUAAAGCUGAUGGGAGCAAAAAGUGCAGAGGGUCUCAGCUUCAAUUCCAUCCUGCUGGAGCUUCUGGCCAUCACUGGAACUAUGGCCUACAGCAUUGCAAAAGGCUUCCCCUUCAGUGCUUGGGGUGAGGCCUUAUUCCUCAUGUUACAGACAGUUGCCAUUGGAUUCCUCAUUCAGCACUAUGGUGGGAAAACAUUCAAAGGCUUGAUGUUCCUGAUCAUCUACUUUGCUCUGGUGUCCGUCCUCGUCUCUCCAAUGACCCCCAUGUCUGUGGUCACCACCAUGCAAGCUUCAAACAUGCCUGCCAUCAUCAUUGGGAGGUUGAUCCAGGCAGGAACAAACUACAGCAACGGCCACACGGGGCAGCUGUCUGCCAUAUCGGUCUUCUUGCUCUUCGCUGGAUCCCUGGCCAGGAUCUUCACUUCUAUACAGGAAACAGGGGACUCUCUGAUGGCUCUAACAUACGUCAUCUCCUCCAGCUGUAACGGCGUCAUCGCUGCGCAGGUCCUGUACUACUGGAACAGCGGCCCACACGCUCUGAAGAAGAAGGCCGAGUAGUGAAGCCAAGACAGAGACACUAAGCACAUUUGAUUUCCUUGAUUACGAUCUCACUGAUGAGUCUGACCAGCUGUCCAAAUCCUUCAUGCUGUUGUGGCGGAAUCCGAAAUGUUCAAGACACAGGGCACUAUACUCUAAGAAGAACUGCUUAAAACCAACUUUAAAAAAAAAUAACAUAUUGGGGGGCACUGUGGCGCAGUGCGCUAAGCCCCCCACUUAUGGGCUUGCAUGCCCAUGGAGACCCGGGUUUGAGUCCGGCCUGGGUCAUUUCCCAACCCUACCCCAUCCUCUCUCUCCCACUCUCUCGACUGUCAUAUCAGUAAAAAUAGACACAAAAGCCCUUUAUAAAAAAAGAAAAAUGAAAACCCACAUCAGAAAUGUUGAAACACAUUAAGGCAACUUGCUGCUGUGAUAUUUUCGGCACUGAAGGUAAACCAACAUGGCACCACCCAUUCAUGUCACCUUAUUGCCUCAUGAAGUUGGUCCAAAGCAGCUCUUUUUUAGAGGGAAGAGGACUACAAGUGUUUAACCCACAGUAGUGUGUUAUGUACUCAGUGAGUGACUCUUUUGGACUCAGUCUUUAUUCCAUCACCAUGAGAGAUUGUUGUUUUAGAAAAAUCAGUUUAGGGGAUCUUUGCAUGCACUCUGACUUAUAAGGAGCGCAAGAAAUAUACUGUACCACUCCUGCACUGGCACUCGAAAGACAGACGUAUUACUGUCUGACCCUAACCAAUGACCAAUUGAAGACCCCUUUCACUCUUCAUUCCAUCUGCCGUCUGAUUUCCUUUUCUGUUGCGAUUAUUUUUCUGUUCUUUCAAAGAGUUGUUAUUGUUUAACUCAGGGAAUCAGAAGGGUACUUGGGUAGUCGUGUAACCCACUUCCAUUCCCUGAUUCACAUGGUUUUUUUGCAUGCAAAAUGGUACAAGCUGGAAAUAUUGGCAGUGAAUGCACACUGUAAAUGUAAGCAGUUUGACUAUGUGCAUAAGGUCGAUGUUAACAGUGGUGAUACUGUGAGCAUACUCUAACUGUUCAGAUGUUUCAUCGACGUCUCUACAGUCAGUCAUGUCUGAUAUCAUUACAAAAGGUUGAUAUGUAAAUGUAUUCUGUUAGAAUUAUACUGUAAUCGUUUCCCUCUUUUCCUAUACUUUUUUGUGAAAAUCUUUAUUCUGAGUUUGUACCCAUAAGGUGCAUUUUAGCUGAGAUGUACUGUAUGUCUCAUGGUGGUUUCUGAACCCUGACAACAUUUGCAGUUUGGCUUUCAUUUGUGAAUUCUUGUGAGAAUUUGAGACGCAACUGUACUUUCGUUUCUGGCUGUUCAGACACGGGGCAAGUUGACUUCCUGUAGACCAGUGGGUUUAUAUGGCGCCCCUCGCUUGCAAAGUGCAAUAAAGGGAGUAACGCUUUU